AUGUCCAUUCCCGCCAUCAUCGACCCCUUUCCCGAACCCCAAGCGGCGUUCCAAGUCCGUUACGCUGAGCCAAAGACUCUCGAGUGUCCUAGGCCCAGACAACAACUCGAUACCAGCAAACUAACAGAAAUCCACGGAAGACACGUUCGAUUCGCUCCAGAUACCACCGAAUACAUGGACCGGAAGCCCCUUCGAUCUUCGCCUUUCCCGACAAAGGCAAACAUCACCCGUCUUGAUCUCACCCUGACCACAGCCAAUAGCGAUGCUGACCUGCUCCCGCUGCAACCCGCACGCACGCCUAUGCGUGUCCGAUUUGCUGCUGAGAUCUCGAUUAUUCCCCGACCUGCCGAUAGCUUCGACCACGUUCUCUCGGCCGUCGAUUUCAACACGACCCAUCUCGACAGCACUGGAAAAACUUGUCCCGUUAUGCAACAUGUUCGGUUCGCCGACGAGUUUACCAACCACAGCCACGCCCAUGACGUCUUUCCCUUAAUAUACGUUCGAGACGGCGAGCGUGCGUCUGUUUCUUCCUCCCGCUCCUCCAGCUCCCCCAGCUCGCUUGGGGCUCGGCGUGCGGAUGAGCUGGAGCGCUCGUCGUCUCUGGACAAUUUUGUUUUUGUGGCCGAGAACUGCAGGAGGAGGAAGAGGAGGUUUAGGAGGGUCUGUGGGAAAGUUAAGGAGUUGUUUAAAGAGAGGAAGGGCAAGGUUGUUUUGUAA